UUCGCAGUUUUUAUUUCAAAGGGGAUAAUAGAUUUUUUUUAUUUUGCGGCGCAAUUUUUACAUGUCGCCAUUGAGGACAAUUAUUUUGGCAGUGUGCAGUGUGUUUUUCUAAAUUUAUGUGCAAGUUAUAAUAUUUAAAGAAAAUAGUGUAGAAAACUUUUAAAGUAUGGCGGCAUUAAUUAAUUCAACGCAUACAAUGCUCAAUGAGGCGUACGAUUACUAUCUUUGGACACUGUCUUUUGCAGAUAAUAGGACAAAAGGAUGGCUUCUAGUAGACUCGCCGCUUCCAACCCUUUUCUAUACCAUGAUAUAUUUAUUCAUAGUAUGGAUAGGACCAAAAAUAAUGAAACACAGGCACGCAUUCAAACUGACGUGGGCCCUAGUGCCUUAUAACCUAGCCAUGGCCGUAUUGAAUGGUUAUAUCGCAAUCCAAUUGUUCACUGCCGCUACCAGGCUGAAAUACAGCUACGUUUGCGAACCUUGCAGGCAGAACGAUGAACAUCCAGACGAAUUGCAGAUUGCAAAUGCUGUUUGGUGGUAUUAUUUUUCAAAAUUAUUAGAAUUCUGUGAUACAUUUUUCUUCAUUUUGAGAAAGAAAGAUGAACAGCUGACUUUCCUUCAUGUGUACCAUCAUAGUACCAUGUUUUCUUUGUGGUGGAUCGGUAUUAAAUGGGUGCCGAGUGGGUCAACAUUCCUACCAGCAAUGGUCAACAGUUUCAUUCACGUUCUGAUGUAUUCCUACUAUGGUCUGUCUGCCCUCGGACCACAAGUUGCCAAAUAUCUUUGGUGGAAGAAAUACUUGACAAUCAUGCAAUUGAUCCAGUUCACUAGCGCUUUAAUUUUGGGUAUCAAUGGCAUUCGUACAGGCUGUGAAUUCCCCUUAUGGAUGCAUUACGCUUUAGUUUCCUACAUGAUUUCCUUCAUAAUACUUUUCGGCAAUUUCUACGUCAAGGCAUACAUCGAAAAGGGAAAACGAGACAGAAAAACAGCAAACGGAGUGAAAGCAGUCGGCAACGGCACGGCAAAGAAAGAGUCAAACGGAUACCACAAAAAGAUUCACUAA